ACACGCGCACCUGCAGGUGCGGCAGUCUGGCACACGCCGCCCUGCCGCGACGCAUGGCGUAUGUACGUGUACUUUGUAUCCAGGAUCCACCCACCACUGCUGGUCUCCGUCGAUUUGGGCAAAAGAGGCAAGCAAUCUGUGAUCUUGAUAUGUCAAUAGAUUAAGAGAUCAAAAGCAGCUCCGUAUUAUCAUUCGCCUCGGAUACGCUGGCCAAUCUUUUUCUGUCCCUUCCCUUCCGUUUAUCCUCUGCCAUUUAUCCCUGCUAUCAAAAGUCCAAAAGAAAUCCAGCCGAUCGUCCAGCUGCCCUGCCAUGGAAAGGCGCCGACCGAGGACCCCUCCUGCUACAGUAUUACUACCACAGUACCACGACGCUGCGGCUGCCACCAGCCUUGCCCUUACACGCUACGCCCCGAGCUACUAGCUAGCUGCUAGCCUGCUCCUGCUGAGCCUCUCGCCGUCUCCCGUCUGGCACAUCGCUAUCGUUUGCCGCGGCGGCAUGGACCGGGAGGGCCAUUACGGAGGCCGCGGCGGCGGCAGGCUCCUGGAGUGCUUCUCCGACGAGGUGAGCAGCGGAAAUGGCGGCGGCGAGGAGCGCGCGAACGACGGGGGUGGUCCACGGCCGCCGGCGCCCGGCAGCGGCGUCGUCGGGGCCUGGAAGCGGAGGCGAGGGCGGCCGCCGGGGUCCAAAAACAAGCCGAAGCCGCAGGCGGCAGCGGCGGCGGCGGCGGUCGCGCGGGACGUGGAGCCCGCGUCGUCGGCCAUGCGCCCGCACGUGCUCGAGGUCCCCAGCGGCGGGGACGUCGCGCGCGCGCUCGCGGGCUUCGCGCGCCGCCGCGGCCUCGGGAUCUGCGUGCUCGCGGGGACGGGCGCCGUCGCCGACGUCUCGCUCCGCCACCCCUCCUCCUCCGCGGACGGAGCUGGAGGCUCCGCGGCCGUCUUCCGCGGCCGGUACGAGAUCCUCUCCAUCUCGGCCACCUUCCUGGCCCCGUCCACGCCCGCCGCGGUGGCCCGCGCGACCGUCAGGGACCUCUCGGUGUCGCUCGCCGGCCCGCACGGCCAGGUCGUCGGGGGCGCCGUGGUGGGCCCUCUCGUCGCCGCCACCGCCGUCGUCGUCCUGGCCGCCGCGUUCACGGACCUUACCUUCCACCGCCUCCCCCUCGAGGACGACGCACCGGCGUCCGUCUCCGAUAUUGCCGGAGCCGACGAACGCCGUGGGCACGGGCGGCAUCAGUACCCGGAGCAGCACGACGCGGGCGGGUCGUCGCACCCGCAAGCCAUGGCUCCGGCAACUCAGCCGGUUCCCUUGUUCGCGCGCGAGUCCCACGAGUUGUGGCCCGCGGCGCCGGCAAGUGCACAGCGCCCACGCUCGCCGUAUCAGUAGUGGGCCCCGACGAGCCUCCGACGACUAUACGUCUGAUUAUUUCGUUCUGUCUAAUUUCUGUCUGAGACAUCUGAUGGUCUGGCUAGUGUUAGGGUUUUAAUUAGUAUCUCAUCUCAUACAUUGAUGAUGCUCUGGCUAGUCAUUACUGUUAGACCAUCUCCAGCAGCACUCCGCAUGCGGCUCCGUAUCCGUAUUUUGCGGAGUCUAGCACACUAUUCAUCAGUCCAGCAGGCUCCGUAUCCGGCUCCGUAAAACGCACGGCGUGUACCCAGACUCCCCAUUUCCACGCUUUCUCUCUCCUCUCCGCAGCUCUCUCGCGGGCGCGCGCGCCUGCUGGCGGGCCCCAGGUGUCAUAGACUGCAUGCGGAGUGGGAUGGGGAGUGUUGCUGGAAACGGAGCCGGAUACGGAGAGGAGAGAGAAUGUGUCGGCCGCGCGUUUUAGGGAUACGGAGUCGCACACUGGUGGAGUUGGUCUUAGGGUUCGACGUUUCUGUUUUUUUUUCAUAAUUGAUGAGCUGACGUAUCUGAUUCCAAUGGCGAGAUGAAGACAUGCAAAUAACUGUGAUUUAACGAGCUGAAGUAGUUUGGUUUCACAGUAAGUUA